AUGGAACGCGACUCCGAGUCCGAGUCCGAGGAGGGCGCGCUUCCGAGCGCGCCGCCGCCGCGCGCGAAGACCCUCGCGGGCCCCGACGCGGAGGAGGAAGACGCCGACGCCGACGCCGACGGCAUCAGAAGCGCCCAGGUCGCGCGCGAGAUCUACGGCGCCGACGCGCGCGCGGAGGUGACGCUCAAGCCCGACGGCGCGUCGCGCGGCGGCGUGCGCCUCUCCGCGCUGCACGAGCUCGUGACCUGGGUCAUGACCGACCACGGCGCGAACCCGUCGCGGUGGGCGUUCGUUCGAAACAAGCCGCUCGUGUCGCGCGUCGUGAUGCUCCUCGCGCCCGGGAUCGACGCGACGAGGCGCGGUCCCUCGCUUUCAAUCCCCGUCCUCGACGCCUUUCAACUCCAUCUCACGCCUUUCAACUCCACCCCGACAUCGCUUUUCUCACGCGAACCCUUGAGGUGCGCGUCCAGCGCGGAGCACACGCCGCGCGUGCGCGGGGCGCUGGGCGCGCCGAUCGCGACGACGUUCGAUAACCCGACCGGGAACGCGUGGUGCGUCGCGCGCGCGCUGCUGUGCAGCGUGGACGCGAACAAGGGAUCGGCGAGGGGGGACGGCGUCACGAGGAAGGAUCGCGAUCGCGCGGCGGGGAAGAAGCGCGACCGCGACCGCGACGACGGCGGCGGCGGCGGCGGCGGCGGCGGCGACGACGCGACGAAGAGGAAGCCGUACGGCAGCACGAACGCCGCGGACCUGUGCAAGCGCGAGAUGCCGAUGCCGCCGUCGCACUACGUCCUGUCCGCCGCGGACAUGGCGGACAUGGAGUAUCCCGUCCCGCGUCUGGCGCGCGCGGCGGGCGGCGACGGCGGCGGCGGCGACGCAGCCGGCGCGGACGCGGCUGGCGACGGCGGCGACACAGCGGGCGGAGACGCGAGCGUCGACGAUCGAUCGCGUCGCUUAGUCGUCCCGGAGGGAUACGUCGUGACGCAGCCCAGCGGGGGGGGGAUCGCGCGCGCGCCGCACCUCUCCAUGGUGGCGAUCGACUGCGAGAUGUGCUACAGCGGCGUCGGAGAGAAUAAAAAGCUGGAACUCGCGAGGGCGUCCGCGGUGGGACCCGACGGCGCGGUGAUCUACGACAAGCUCGUGAUGCCGGAGGAGGCGAUCACGGAUUACAACACGACGCACUCCGGGAUCACCGCGGAGCAAAUGCGCGGGGUCACGACGACGUUGCGGGACGUGCAGAGGGAGUUAUUGGAGCUGAUCGCCGCCGAGACGAUUCUCGUGGGGCACUCGCUGGAGAACGACCUGAAACGUCUUAAGAUGAUGCACGCCAACUGCGUGGACACCGUCGCGCUGUACCCGCACAAGCGCGGGCCGCCGUACCGAAAUAAGCUCAGCGGUCUGACGGAAAAGUUUUUAGGGCGGAAGAUUCAGGAGGGGACGCACGACUCCGUGGCGGACGCGCGCGCGACGAUGGAGCUCGCGCUUCUCAAGUUCGUCUUCGGCACCGGGUUCGGGGAGCCGUCCAGCGAGGGCGGAAGCGUGUUCGAGGCGCUCACCGGCGCGGGGAAGCGGUGCGCGGUGAUCGACAAGGAGCACGUCGUCCGGCGGCUCGCGUCCGGGGUGGGCACCGGGAUCGUCGUGAAGACGGACGCGCGCGCGCUCGCGCACGACGACGCCGCGACGGACGCGAUCGUCGCCGAGGUGCGAAAGCCGCUUCGACGACGAUCGACCGCGACCGACGCCGACGCCGCCGACGCCGACGCCGCGGGGGCGAGCGGCGACGGCGCGGACGUGGUCUUCGCGCACUUGUACGGGUACUACGAGCACUUGGAGGAGAGCAACAAGCGCUGGGCGGCGCACACGGGAAGAGACGCGAAGACGCCGCGGAAGAGACCGAAAGACGACGGCGACGCGGCCGCCGAGGGCGCCGAGGGCGCGGAGGAGGAGGAGGAGGAGGAGGAGGAGGAGGAGGAGGACGCGUACGACGACGUCGAGGAGUCCAUCGCCGCGGACGCCGCGCUCAUGGACCUCGACGCGUGCGUCGGUAAGGUGUGGGACGCGCUCCCGUCUAACGCGAUGCUGAUUCUCGCCACCGGCGUCGGGGACUCGCCGCGCCUGCGCACGCUGCAAGAACGCAAGUGGAAGCGCGUGCAGGGGAUCGGACCGUGGGGGCCGUGGACGGAGGACGCGGACGCGGAGUUGAAACGCGCGGCGGAGAGAUGCCGCGCGGGGGUCGCGUUCGCGGCCGUGAAGCCGUGA